AUGGGCAGCAUCGGCCACGGCGAAAACUAUGUCCUUGACUCGAUGCUCAACACUUUUUGUUCCAACUUCAAAAUGGCUACACCAUCGACCCCCGAAUCCCUAUCGGCCCGGAUUCCAAGAUCGCAGAGAUGGGCACAGGAACCGGGUUAUAUCUGGCUGCUCGAUGUAUCUUCCCAGGUCCCUUCAACCGUUCAACUGAACGGCUUCGACAUUUCAGACGACCAGUUCCCCCACCAGUCCACCCUACCGAGCAACGUGACCUUGAGCAUUAUGGACGCUUUCGCAGAAGUCCCCGAGGAGCACCGUGGCAAAUACGACCUUGUGCACAUGAGGCUUUGGUGUGGCAUCGUUCAGGGGGGAGAUCCGUCUGCCUUAAUCAGACAUGCGAUCCAAUUGCUGAGGCCCGGCGGUUACCUGCAGUGGGAGGACUUCAAUCCCAGCCCACAACAAAUGGUCGUGAAAGGCGCCGACAUCGAGGUCCUGUAUUCAUACUUUCACCGAAUGCUCAAAGCAUUUGGCAUCGAUCAGUCGUGGCUCGCAGACCUCCCCAGCUAUGCAAAGCAGGCCGGUCUCGAUGUGGUCCAGUUCAAGAUGGGACCCUUUUCACAAUCCUGUAUUCCGCUUGCCACCAAAACAUGCCUCAUGCUUCACAAUGGGGUUUUUGAUGCUGCAUACAAGGCCGAUCUCCCGUUCCUGCCUGCUCGUGAGGAGGCCGAUAACAUGGUGGCUGCGGCCAUCGAUGCUGUAAAGAACGGAGCAUCAUAUCACUCCACUAUCCUGACUUUGUUGGCGCAGAAGCCUCUUUCUUCAUAA